AUGGCUGUCGUUUCUCCAAAGAGCUCAAAAAGGAAGGCCUCAGAGGAAGCAGCUUCUCCGGACUCCCAGCAACAAGCCAGCAAGAAAGCGCGCACUGAUUCGCCGAAAGAGGAAGAUGGGCCAGCACUGAAACCACCUCUGCGCAUUGUACCCUUCCCCGAGAAACCUGCCGUCCUCGAAGAGCGCCGAGGAGACAUUGAGUUCCGAGUUGUCAACAAUGAUGGAUCGCACGAUAGCUUCAUCGUCCUGACAGGUCUGAAGUGUAUCUUUCAGAAACAGCUCCCUAAGAUGCCAAAGGACUAUAUCGCUCGACUAGUGUAUGAUCGUUCGCAUUUGUCGAUUGCAAUAGUCAAGCACCCCUUGGAAGUCGUGGGAGGAAUCACGUAUCGUCCCUUUAACAGUCGCACUUUUGCGGAGAUCGUUUUCUGUGCCAUUUCUUCGGACCAGCAGGUGAAGGGAUAUGGUGCGCAUUUGAUGUCUCAUCUUAAGGAUUAUGUUAAGGCUACUUCCCCAAUUAUGCACUUCCUCACCUAUGCGGACAACUACGCCAUCGGUUAUUUCAAAAAGCAAGGUUUUACCAAGGAAAUUACGCUCGAUAGAUCAAUCUGGAUGGGCUAUAUCAAGGAUUACGAGGGUGGUACUAUCAUGCAGUGCACGAUGCUUCCAAAGAUCCGAUAUCUUGAGAUGGGACGAAUGCUACUGAAGCAGAAGGAAGCAGUACAAGCUAAUAUUCGGGGUUUUAGCCGGUCGCAUAUCAUCCACCCACCGCCUAAGGAAUGGAAGAAUGGUGUUCAUGAGAUUGACCCUUUGAGUAUACCGGUUAUCAAAGAUUCCGGGUGGUCUCCUGAUAUGGACGAGCUAGCCCGUCAACCUCGCCAUGGACCGAACUAUAAUCAGCUGCUGCAUCUAUUGAAUGAUAUGCAGAACCAUAGUGCCGCUUGGCCAUUUACACAGCCGGUCAACCGAGACGAGGUGCCUGACUAUUAUGAGGUAAUCCUCGAGCCUAUGGAUCUGUCUACCAUGGAAGAAAAGCAUGAGAAGGACAUGUACCCAACUCCGCAGGACUUCAUCAAGGAUGCAUCCUUGAUUUACGAUAAUUGUCGCAGGUAUAACAACGAGAGCACCUCGUAUGCCAAGAAUGCAACCAAACUCGAGCGUUUUAUGUACCAACAGAUUCGGAACAUCCCCGAGUGGUCACAUCUGGCUGAUGGACACUGA